AUGGAGUCCAUCCUUCAAGACCGCUCCCAUUUCAGCGAACUAUCGGGUGACCCAACAGCUGCAUCUGAGAGAAAGAUUGUUGCCGCGCUCAGGAAACUCAGAACUAAGAAACUAAUUACGGACAGUCUGUACUGGAAACUUUUCACCUCCGACGGAGCGACACCGAAGAUAUAUGGCCUACCGAAAGUUCACAAGAACAAUUGUCCUCUGCGCCCCAUUGUGUCCUUCAUAGGUGCACCGUCCUAUAACGUGCCUAAAUUCCUGGCUGAACUGUUGGCACCUUUAAUGUACAAGAACGACCGGUCGGUGAAGAACUCUGCGGAAUUUUGUGAGCUCAUCCGUGACAUCAGCAUAGACGAUGGCGACGUCAUGAUGUCCUUUGAUGUCAUCUCCCUGUUUACAAACGUGCCCAUUGACGUAGCUCUGUCCGUAGUUCGAACGAAGCUGAGAGCUGACGUUGACUUAGAAGACCGCACUGAACUUUCAGUUGAAGACAUUUUAGAACUUUUAAAGUUAUGCCUCGGACAAACCUUCUUCCAAUUCAAGAACAGGUUCUUUAAACAAACCGACGGAUGCCCCAUGGGCAGCCCAAUUUCAACGACCAUUGCUAACUUAGUCAUGGAGUUUGUUGAAGACAAGGCCUUAGAGGACGCAGGACAAUUCAUCACCUUUUACAGACGUUAUGUUGACGACACAUUUGUGAUUAUUAAGAAGAAUUUCACCAACACAUUCUUUGACAAGCUGAACAGCAUUCAUCCUAACAUCCAGUUCACGUGCGAGGAGGAGAAAGAGAAAAAGAUCGCCUUUUUGGAUGUCCUCGUGCAAAGAGACCCGUGCGGAAACUUGAAGACCUCGGUUAACAGAAAACCGUGCGACACAGGUCAGAAGGAAGUGGUCCCCUACACGGAACCAACGGCAGGGACGAACAUGGCAACUAUUGGGCAAGUGGAACAUUUUGACGAGACUAUCUCAGAUAGGAUUUCCUAUGAAGAGCGACACAGUUCAUUCCUGAAAGUGAGCAAGAUAGGAGAUGAUAGGAAAGUGGAUGCGUUUCUCAGCAUCAUAGGCCCGAAAACGUAUACGUUGCUAAAAACGCUGCUCGCACCUGAGAAACCGUCAGACAAAACUCUCGAUGAUUUGAUGAAAGUGCUACGUGAUCACUUGUCCCCGAAACCAUCGGUGAUUGCGGAGAGGGCGAAGUUCCACAAAUAUAUACAAGGGGAGGCUCAGACUAUCUUCCAAUUUGUUGCUGAAUUAAAGCGACUUGCGGAGGAGUGCAAGUUUGGAGCGAAUCUCGAAGAGACUUUGCGAGAUCGGUUUGUGUGA